UGGUCCAAGGCUGAUAUUCUUUAUUUGAUUUUAAAUCCUCCACCGUGUGUAAGCGGAACUGAGUUGACUUGCUUUGUCCCAUGUCAAUGGCUACUCCACACUUUCACAGUAGCAUUCAGGCUUUCGCACUCUUCCAUUUAAUACUGCUCUUCUCCUCGCUCCUCCACACGGCAACCGCAACCUCAAGUCACCAACAAGAACAAGAAGAAGACACUCCCAUCACGCGCUUCCAGCGCUACCUCCGCAUCAACACGGCCCACCCCGCCCCUGACUACUACUCCGCAGUCUCCUUCCUCAAAACCCAGGCCCAUUCCUUGGGCCUGACCUCCAAGACCUUCGAGUUCACUCCCGGCAAGCCCCUCCUCCUCCUCACCUGGCCCGGCUCAAACCCCUCCCUCCCCUCGGUCCUCCUCAACUCCCACCUCGACUCCGUCCCCGCCGAACCCGCCAAGUGGCUCCACCCGCCCUUCUCCGCCCACCGCACUUCCGACGGCAAAGUUUUCGCCCGCGGCGCCCAGGACGACAAAUGCAUCGCCAUCCAGUAUCUUGAGGCCAUCCGCAACCUCAAGGCCCGCGCCUUCUCUCCUCUCCGCUCCGUCCACAUCUCCCUCGUUCCCGACGAGGAGAUAGGCGGCUUAAACGGCGCCGCCAAGUUCGUCGAGUCCGAUGACUUCCUCCGCCUCAACGUUGGUUUCGCGCUCGACGAGGGGCAGGCCUCGCCUGGCGACGAAUUUAGGGUUUUCUACGCGGACAGGGUUCCGUGGAACGUGAUAAUCCGGGCCAAGGGAAUGCCCGGGCACGGGGCGAGGAUGUACGAUGGGAGUGCGAUGGAGAAUCUGAUGGAGAGUAUGGAGGCUGUGAGUAGGUUCCGGGAGAGCCAGUUUGACGUGGUUAAGGCUGGGAAAGCGUUGAACGGCGAGGUUGUGUCGGUGAAUCCAGUUUAUGUUAAGGCUGGUGUUACUUCUGAUGACGGGUUUGCGAUGAAUGUGCAACCUUCGGAGGCGGAGGCUGGUUUUGAUCUAAGGCUGACGCCUACGACGGACCCGGACGAGAUGAGGAGGAGAAUUGCAAAGGAAUGGGCACCGGCUGUUAGAAAUAUGUCGUAUGAGAUUACUGAGAAAGGACCCAUCAGAGACUACAUGGGACGCCCGAUAAUGACUGCAACUAAUGAUUCCAAUCCAUGGUGGUCAGUUUUCAAGCAAGCUAUCACAUCUAUUGGAGAAAAACUCUCAAGUCCUGAAAUUCUUGCAUCCACAACUGAUGCAAGAUACCUCAGACAGAAAGGAAUUCCUGUACUCGGUUUCUCCCCAAUGAAAAAUACUCCCAUCUUGCUUCAUGAUCACAACGAGCACUUAAAAGAUACCGUGUUCAUGAAGGGAAUACAGGUGUACGAGUCUCUUAUAAGUUCCUUAAGUACAUUUACCGAAGCUUCACAUUAGAUGCCGCCAAUUGAUUAUGGACGGAACUGAGUUUCUUAUCUCAAUAGGAAAACCAUGUCUAACCUUUGUGGGGAUAAUCUGAGUCAUUGGAUACCUCCCUCCCCCAAAUAAUAAAUGGUGUAAAAACAUUCAUAUAUGGUAGCUUCCAAAAGGAAAAAAGAAAAAGAGAGGUUCUGUUAUCACUUCACUUAUGGUGGGGACUAGGGAUGGCACAUAUUUAUUAUUGUCCUCUUAUGAAUUGUAAUGGCCACGAAGGUUUUUCUAUGAAGUUUAAUUGAUCUAGAUGUCUAAUCAUAUAUGAUUGUCUAUC